AUGAGCCUUCUAGCAAAAAGGAAUGCCUGCUGCCCUCUGCAUGGUGACAGUGAGCCCAUGGACAAUAUCCCCUUCAGUGAUGCGGUGGUAGGAGUCAUCAUAUUAUCACAGACGCUCCUGGGAGCACUGGGGAACUUCUCUCUUCUCUUCCACUACCUGUCCCUUUACCACAGAGAAGAAAGAAUGAGGGCCACAGAAUUUAUUCUCCUGCACCUGACUGUUUCCAACACUUUGGCUAUUGCCUCAAAAGGAGUCCCCCGUAUGAUGACAGCUCUGGGACUGAAACAAUUCUCCAGUGAUUUAGGCUGUGGCCUUCUUCUGUAUGUUCAGAGAGUGGGCAAGGGCAUGUCCAUUGGCACCACCUGCCUCUUGAGUGUUGUGCAGGCUAUUACCAUCAGCCCCAGGGACUCCUGCUGGAAGGAGCUGAAACUCAAAGCUCCCCAUUAUGUCACCGACUCCGUUUCCCUCUGCUGGAUCUCCUCCAUGUGUGUUAAUCUCACUUUUCCUAUGUACAAUUUCUAUGUAUCUAGAAACUGGAGCAUGAGAAACACCACCAAGAAACGUGAUUUGGGCUACUGUUAUACUUACGAGGAUGACAAAGUAUUGGACUCUAUAUAUUCAGUGUUAAUUGUACUCCCUGAAGUGUUGCUCUCUGUGCUCAUGGUCUGGGCCAGUGGCUCCAUGAUUUUCUUCCUCUACAGGCACAAGCAAAGAGUCCAACACCUUCACAGGAGUAAUGUUGCCUCCAGACCCUCAGCUGAGUCCAGAGCCACCCACAGAAUCCUGGUCCUGGUGAGCUCCUUCGUGUGUUUCCACACACUCUCCUCCCUCUUUAAUAUGUGUGUGGCUCUGUUCAGUGUUGAAGCCAGAUGGUGUUUUAAUACCACAAGCAUCAUUACUCUGUGUUUCCCUACUGUGAGCCCUUUUCUGGUCAUGAGACGGGACCGCACUUCUGGCCACUCACACAUAACUUCUGUUAAGUGA